GAAAUUUCGACUGAUUUCGGCGGGAUUUUUUUUGAUUUUGUGAGAAAUUCAGUGGAAAUCGGGGGUAGUAUUAGACAGAGGAUUUCUCUGAAGACUCAAUACUGUAGAUUUCAUUAUUAAGAGCUUGACGUGUGUGUAUGGUUUCAGCUUGUGAGAAGAACGAUCGAAAUAAUAAUGCGUGAAUCUCGUCAGGCCUCUUCAAAUCUCAUAUGCGUCAGUCAUGAUAAAGACACGAGGUUAAGAGGCAAAGGGUUAAGAGACUUGUAUAACAGUAUAAGGCUAAUCGGAAGGGGGAUGUAUUCUUUCAAAGGUGCUGGUUUUCGUCCCAGAUACGACGUGGAAAGGAAUGAUGUCACUUGGUUGGGGUUGCGCGCUUACAGACGGGUGCUGCUGAAGAAGAACUCGAAGCACAAGAGUCUGCUUUUUUUUUUCUUGGGGCCAAGUUGAAGGCUUAUGGUGGUAUGAAGAACAUGUCAGGUGAGCUCAUAUAUGCUGUUGAUGAUGCGCAUUCUGUUGUGCUCUGGAGCAUCAGAUAUUGAUUUUGUAAUAUGCAUCAAUGUGCAGUUGGGCAUGGGAAGACGUCUUCUUUUGUACUACAUGUUUUUGGCAUAGGAUGGAUGGCCUCUUCUUUUGCAUGUUUUUGGCAUGGGAUAACAUCAACUCUCUCUAUCCACCAUUUAAAUAAUCAUUUUGCCAAUUUGAAUGGUUAAGGACCAAUUGUUAGUGAUGCUCUAAGGACUCAUGUGGAUCCACCAAUGAGAAUAAUUAAAUGAUACAUCCUUCAUCCA